CAGCAGUAAGCGCAGCGGAGACUGAUUGUGUCAUAAAGCAUGUAGUGGCUCGAAAUGAGAGGCCGGCAACAUUCAUCUGUAUUGGCAUCAAACUCAAGUCAAGACAAGUCAAUCUCGAGACUUCAAAAUGGAUCCUAAAAAGGUCACAAUUCCCCCACUCAAGGAUCUGACUAUUGGCAACAUCACGGAGAACGUGAAGUUGGUGAACUCGACAAACCCAUCACCACGCUUCAAAUUCCUUCUCGAACGCCUUGUCGUCCAUCUUCAUGAUUACGCGCGUGAAACGCGUUUAUCACAAGAUGAAUGGUUCCAGGCGAUACAAUUCCUUACCAUCCAGGACCACCUAAUGCAUAACCCCACCUAAUGCAUAACCAAAAUUUCGCUCCUCCCAUACAAAAUCC